UCCUCAUAGUGCUUCACUGAAACCUGAGUUUCUUCCAUGGCUGCUCCUGUCUACUUCAUCCCUGCAGCUGCUGCACAUCCAGCCAAGUCCUCUCAGACACUGCUGUGGGACUGAGAAAUAGGAAAAGGAGGAAAGCCAGGGACAGCUGUGCCACAGUGAAUUCCAGCGUAGGGCAAUGAAAGCUCAUCCUGACAGCGUACUGCACUUUCGAGGUGAGUGGCAUUUGAGCUGGGAAUAAAGUCCGAGGACAUCAGGAAGUGAAGGGAGAGCCACCCUGGCUGAGAGAGGGAGAUGAGUCUGGGGUCUGUGUGUCCCUCAGGCCAGCCAUCCCUGACCUCUACCCUGGAACAAACUGCCUGUGGUGUUCUAUAUAGUGCCAAAGCCCAGAAAACAACAAAUCAUGAUUUUUUUACUCGGAAUAGUCUCCUCACCUGGGUUCCAGCUGAGUAGAUCUGAGCCAUUUCAUAUAUUACUUCCAGUUCCUCACUGAAAUUCCAAUUGUUUUUCACCCACUCGAGAAGGCAAGUCAGCUUGCUGUGCCCAUAGACAUGACCUCAAAUGGGUUUGAUUUAUUUAGGCAGGUCAGUCAUCUGAAAAGGUCAGCCCUUAGCAGUUCCUAGGAAUUAAUCAGUGGUGUGACACAACGCAGCUGUGAUUCCACAAACCAGCGACAACUGGGUAGUGGCAGGCACGGUACUAAAUUAUUAACCCCCAGAAGUCUGUGGCCCCCCCCCGCUUUUUUUAAACUUGCCUUGAAUGCCACCUAAUGAGUGCUUGCUGGGGCGUGAAACAGUCUUGAACCUGCAUUCUUGCAUUGUUUUGGAAGGCGUCCUGUGUUGAUACUGAGUGCGGCCCUCAUACAGACCACAUUUUGUCACAAAAUGAGGUAGAAAAGAGAGAAUCAUACACCUGGAAAAAGAUCAGAGAACUGUGCUUUGAAAGAUUAAUAGAUGUGUUUCCCUUUUUAUGACUGAUGAAGAUUAUUACUGACGAUUAUUUAAAAUGUUUCCAAUAAUUACAAUGGUUGUUCUAGUUUAAAACUCAUUUCACAAAAGAUAAAGAAUUAUACAGUUCUAAUUAAGGUUUGGGAGUAAUAGUUAAAACUGGUUUUCCCAAAGUACUUUUCAACUGUUUCUGCACAAGGAGAUGAGUAAAGAAUUUGCUCAGGGUCUGUGAUGAGCUGGACCCUGGAAUGAAGACCAGAAUCCAAGCUCCUGACCUCAGACCCAGCUUAGCUGAUAAGGAGCAUAAAUACUCACACUGGAGUUUGGUUGUUCUUGAAGAGAGAUUUAUGAUCCCCAAACCAGGAGUUCCUUUCUCCCCUGGUUGCUUUCAAGACCUUGUGGUGACCCACCUACUCCCAGGAGGCAAUCCUGAUUAAUUUUACUGCCUCCAAACCGGUCUUUGUGUCAGCACUUCUGAAUUGACUUCAGUCUUUUGUUUCUUUGUUAUUUCUUAAGAGUGAAUUUCCUUUCUCCAUGUGACCUGAAAUAUCUUGAAGGCAAAAGACGCUUCUAUUUAUGACUGUGCUUCCUUGACCUUCCUCUCCCACCCUUCUCCCUCCAUACCCCUCUUCCUGCCUCCCUGCCGCCCCUCCCCUUCCACACACAAGUGGAGGCCCAGUGCAGGAAAACCUCAGCCUCCUGGCGUCAGGAAGGUUUCCAAUUCUCACUGGUAAUGGACACACACCCUCUGGAGGAGCUGGGCUGAAAAAUUACUGGCCUGGACAAAUGCUCCUGAUUUAAAUGUAAAUUCAGACUUAAAAAACAGACCUGGUGAUAUUCAGAACUUAGAAUAUCGUUUAAACCGACUGGCUUUCUCUGUGAAGAUCACUCUUUAGGAGCCCUGAAAAGGAGAGGCCAGGUGGGAAACGGGCACUAUGGGAACUGCUUCCUCAGGGAGGGGAGUGCAGGGCUCUGCGCCAAGUGCCCCCUGGAAGCUCAAUGCCCAGCAGCGCCAGGCGCCUUCCGAUUGUAUCUGCGAACCUAAAGCCCUCAGAUGUUUAUGCAGCUCUUUGCGGUUUUAAAAGGGUUCCCACACACAUGGUUUCACCUGAUCCUCAUGAGUGCCUUGCCAGGGGUGAAGGACAGAUUUCAUUAUCCUCGCUUUAUGAAGAGGAAACUGGAUCCCUGGAGUCCACGGAAAUGAGAGGAGCCAGGAUCUGAGCCCACCCAUAAAUAUUCAUUGAAUUGAACUAAUAUAGAAAUAUAUGAUUAUUUUAAGGUAAACAGAAUGUUUGUCCUUAAGAAGGUCAUAUCUAAUUGUGGAGAAAUGUUCAAAAUAUUUUUUUUUAUUUAUUUUUGAGAUUGUGUCUUGCUGUGUCACCCAGGCUGGAGUGCAGUGGCACGUACUCGACUCACUGCAACCUCCGCCUCCUGGGUUCAAGCGAUUCUCCUGCCUCAGCCUCCCUACUAGCUGGGAUUACAGGUAUGCGCCACCACGCCCGGCUGAUUUUUGUAUUUUUAGUAGAGAUGGGGUUUUACCAUAUUGGCCAGGCUGGUCUCAAACUUCUGACCUCAGGUGAUCCGUCUGCCUUGGCCUCCCAAAGUGCUGGGAUUACAGGCAUGAGCCGCCGCACCCAGCUCCAAAAUAAACAUAAUUAAAAUAACCAUACAAGGAAUAAAUAAGGCAAGACCAGACAUCCUUCAUUGUGAAAUGAGGCGAGAAAGUGCUGUGAUUUUUUAGGGGACUUAGGUAACUGUUACCCCAUGAUUGAACGGAACUGAAAUUUCUGUAUCUUCCACCCCAACUCCAUUCCACGUUCCUGCUGAAUAUUCUGGGUUUUGCUAGAAUUCCUUAUGACACAUAAAAAGUCUUCAGCUCUACGCCUUAGCCAUGGCGAUGUCUGGGUUUUUCACGUCAUCUUCAGUCCUGUGUUUGCAGUGCAACUCAGGGCCAAAACAAAAAAGAAUUUUUUUUUUUUUUUUAAUUUAAAAAGUCACAGGGAACAUGAAAAAGGGGAAGAGGGAAAUUUGUCUUCAGUGUUGCAGGAAAGUCCACCCUCUCCUUCUAGGGGUGGAACUUAGUGGAUCUAAUGAAUCACACAUGAAAAGAGACGUAAAAGAGGAAGGAGUUUCAGGAGGGUAUUGGCCAGGUCAAAGGAGAGGGUGGAGGAAAAGAGCCACGAAAUAACCGGGAGACAAGCUUUCGGAGGCUUUUGACUGACUGGAUGUGGGAAUGUUGUGGAAGACUUCUGGCCUGCCAUUUCCUGAGAACGGGACUGCUGAGAGAGGAGCUGGGAGGAGCACUGCAAAUUUCACUUUGGACACGUAAGUCAGAGAGUGGCAGCAUGGAGAGUUGGGGCCUUUAAGAGGUGAUUGGAUCAUGAAGGCUCUAUUCCCACUAAUGAAUGGAUUCAUCAUGGGAGAACUGGCGGCUUUAUAAGAGAGGAAGAGAGACCUGCGCUAGCACCUUAGCACGCUCAGCCCCCUUGCCAUGUCAUGCCCUGAACCCCUCAGGACUCUGCAGAGAGUUCCUACCAUCAAGAGGGCUCUCACCAAAUGCAGCCCCUCAACUUUGGACUUCUCAGCCUCCAGAGCUGUAAGAAAUAAAUUCCCUUUCCUUAUAAAUUACCCAGUUUCAGAUAUUCCUUGUUUUUAAUUUUUAAUUUUUUUUUUUUUUUUUGAGACAGUCUCACUCUGUCGCCUAGGCUGGAGUGCAGUGGCGCGAUCUCAGCUCACUGCAACCACCGCCCCCCCGGGUUCAAGCGAUUCUCCUGCCUCGGCCUCUGGGGUAGCUGGGAUUACAGGCACCUGCCACCACGCCUGGCUAAUUUUUAUAUUCUUAGUAGGGAUGGGGUUUCACCAUCUUGGUCAGGUUGGUCUUCAACUCCUGACCUCAUGACCCACCCGCCUCAGCCUCCCAAAGUGCUGAGAUUACAAGCGUGAGCCACUGCACCCGACCCCAGUUUCAGAUAUUCUGUUAUAAGCAAUAGAAACAAACUAAGUCUCUUUGACAUGGAGUGGAUACUGGAAGCCAUGUGACUUCUGUGGGAUCAUCUCGAAAGAAAGUGUAAAAUGAGAAGACACAAGGGCCCGGGAAAGAGCCCUAGGGAACUCCGCAUUUGUACAGCAAGUACUGGGUAAAGGGAGAAAAGGGAGAAGCCUGCUAGGAUGCUGAGAAGGAGCAGCCAGAGGAGGGGGAACCCAGGAGAGCGUGCUGGUGUGGGAGUCAAGAGAAGUGUGUCAGAAGAAGGGAGCGGUUGACAAUGUCAGAAGCUGCCAAGAGGCACAAUAAGAUUGAGGGAACAAGUGAGUGUGGUUGUUUCUUUAUGGGCCAGAAUUUUAAAUACCAGGAUGAAGGGCACCUAACAAAUAGCAAAUACACAAACUAACUUUUGUACCUACCAGACUUCAGACUAAAAUCGGUACAAAGAAUACUCGCCAGGGUAAGGAGAAGCCCAGGAAAUUACAAGAGAUAUCUAGUUUCUGAAAUGAAUUACAAUGAUCAUCUGAACAAAUAGUGUGAAAAAAUAUACACCUGAAAACAUGUGUGAAAAUGGCCAACAAAACAUUGAAAAUCAGGGUUACUGGGGAAGACUUUUACUGCCAGUUAUUAAAAUUUACUAUCAGCUGUAUUAACUGGAACAGCUGCCAGAAUAGGUAAUUCAACAGCCAGGAUGGGAAGCCCUGAUACAUGAGUUUCGUGGGGACUGUAGGUAGCCCCUCUGGCUACCUUCUUUCUAGUUGAAUAGGUUACAUAUCUAACUCCCUUGCAAUUAGGUUCACCUACUCAGGUGCCCUUGAGUUAGACUUGAAAGGCAGAAGACAGCAGAGGCCAUUUUACUGCUGCUUCUGAUGGAGAUGCGAGGCUUCCAUAGGAAAGAGGGGUCCACCGGUAUAAAGAGCCCGACAACCAUAUUCUCCAGAUGUUCAGUCCCUCUUGGCCACCCCAAACCAAAUGACAGUCCGCGAGACUCUGCCCAUGGAGACUCCACCUGCUGGUCCUCCAGGUGGAGUAACUGAUAACAAAAAUCUCUAGCUUACUCCUAAGUGUUUAUUCUGAAGGCAGUAUGUACAGCAAGACCAGACUUUUGGCCCAGCUAGCGAUGACUACUGCAAUGUCAAAAGAGCACAUAAACAGAUUUAAAAAGCAAAUGACAAACUGGGAAAAUUGCUGUCACAUACGUAACAAAGGGCUGAUAUUCUAUAAAGAGUUCUUGCAAAUGAAUAAGACAAAGAUGAAUCCAAGUGGGCAAAAGAUAUGCGUAGGCAAUCUGCAAAAGUGAUGCAUAAAAACAGGUUCAACAUUACUAGCAAUUAGUGGAAUAAAACUUAAAACAACAAUGCAAAACCACUGUUCUAUCAUAUUAACAAAGAUGACAAAAAAUGGUGUGACAGUGCAGGGUGUGGAGAAAAGUUGGUGUCAAAGCUGUGCCAUCUUUCUGUGUAUCUUUCAUAUCAAACAAACGCCUUCAACAAUGAGCACACCUUUCGACACGAGUUCCCAGACUUUCUCCUAAAAAAAAAAAUGACGUGCACACAGAUUUAGCUACAAGUAAUUUUGCAAAAGUGAAAAGUUGAAAACAACCCAAAUGUACAAAAAUAGGGGAGAUAAUUAUGGUACAUUUGUAUAAUAGUAUGCCACUUGGUCAUUAAAAAUGCCAUAGAAGUAUAUUUUUCAUAGGCUUAUUUCUAGCUGCUGGUUUUACAGGUGGUUUUUGCUUUUUUAUUUUAUUUAUCAUUUAUAUUUUCCUAUAAUUAUUGCAUAUUUUUUAAUAAUAAUUUUUUAAAACUGGCAAUUAUAUGGUGAAAAGGAGAGAAGGGCAUUAGUAAAUUCUGAAGCAACUGAAAUUAAAUCGUAACUGCUCAUUAAUAAAUAAACAUCAUUACAUACUAACAUUUACCUUAAAUAAACUAGAUUUCAUUUUUCUACUAUGGGAGGAAAGACCUAAAAUACAAAUUGACUCGAAUUAUAGAAAAUAAAGUUACAAUUCAGGAAUAUCUGUCUUUGGACUGUGAAAUUUGUACCUGUUAUGUAUGUGUGUGUGUGUGUGUGCCUGUGUGCGUGUGCGUGUGUAUAAAAAAUAUUUGGAAAGAUAUCCACUAGUUUAAAAGUGGUUCCUUUCAGCAGGGUGGGAUGAGAGGGGGACAGGAGACAAAUUUUUAUUUACACAACUCUGUAUGACUUGUUAUAACAAGCAUGAAAAAUCGAAGGUCACUUAAGUAAAAAUGGUUAUAAUUAUGAAAAUACUUAGAAAUAUGUAAAGUCUCUAUGGUAUGAUUAGAAAUCAUAAUGCAAAAUAUGUAUACUGUGCUUAUAACUAUGUUCAUAUAUUUCCAUGUGAGAGAAGCCUGAAGGGGAAUACUCUGCGAUGAAAGUAGCUUUUCAAGUUCAUUCAUUGGUUCAUUUAUUCCACAAAUGUGUGCUGAGCUGCUACCAUGGGCCAGGCAACUGUUGCAGCCACCGGGAUAUAGCAAUCAAAAAUCAAAUGUGCCUCCACUCAGGGAACUUAAAUUCUAGUAGUGGGGGACAGACAAUACAUGGUAAACCCAGCGAGUAUUUUAGGAAGUGGUGAGCGUCCUGGGAAAAGUGGAGCAGGCCAAGGGAGACUAGCAGUGCUCUGGGUCAGGGGCAGGUUUAAACAGGUUGGUCAGGAAAGGCCUCACUGAGGUGACAUGGGAGGAAAGACUUGAAAGAGCUGAAGGGUUCAGUCCUGGAAAUGCCUGGAAGGGGUGUUUUACAAAUAGACAACAGCCGGUGCAGAGGCCAAUGCAGCUAACAAGGAAGGGUAGAGCAGGUCAGACAGCUAGGUAGGCCAGUGGGUUGUCCGGCUCUGCGGCCAUUGGAAGGACUUUGGCGUUUUAUUUCAAGUAAACUGAGGAGCCGCUGUGCAGUUUGGAGCACAGAAACGACAGGAUCCCUGUGGCUGCUGUAUGGAAAUCCAGCGACUGGGAGGGCAGGGAGGGCAGGGAGACCUAGGUGUUCAGGUGAGGGAUGAAGGGGGGUGGGGACAUGCUGAGGUGUUGCAUCCUAGACACAGACUGAAGGUAGGGUCAACAGGGUUUCUAGUCAGAUUGUGUAGAGGGGGUGAGAGAGUGAGGCUGGCUCUUCUGGUUGUGGCCUGAGUAAAUGGAGCCGCCAUUAAUGCCCAUGGGAAAGACAGGUGGGCGGAGAAGGUUUGAAGGUGGGGGAAGAAAGGGUCUUAUUCUCUUCUUCCUUGCAAUAAUAUAUUCCAAGCAAUAUAAUUAAGCAAUAUAUAUUUUUCCCUUUAAGAAAAUUCCAAAAAUUAUAUCGUUCCAAAUAAAAAAAUCAUUUCAAGAGUCCUGACGCAGCAACCAUUACAUUCCCAGUAAUGGAAAUGUGAAGUCAGUCCGUGCUCUGGAGAAAUUCCAGAACAGAACACAGGCCAGGAGACCCGGCCUAGAUUCCGGUUUUCGAAGCGUGGGGGCAAAAACGGAGGCUGCAAAUCCAUCCCCAGUCCGGCAAGAUUCUCGAGCAUGUCGGGAGAGGGCUGCAUAGGAACUUCAAAAACGAGUAGCGGCUCCCUUGGAUUCAGCGUGAGGGGGAAACCGCGGGGCGGACUCGGAACUCAGGAGUCCGACGUCUGAAGGAGCGGGAGGCUGCUUCCGAGGAGCCCGGGGCACGACGGGAAGGGCCGCGCCGGCCAGGCAGCCCUCCUCCCGGCAGCCUCGGGCAGGCCGUUCCCGCGCCGGCGACGGCGGGCCCGGCCGCAGGUACCAACGGCACCUGUCAGAGGGCAGCGCGGGCGCACCCUGCAAGGGGCCUGCCUCGUCCAGAGAGGCAGCGAGAAACAGCAGCGAUGAACGAAACAAAAUCUUCCUCCACUACGGCUACACAGAGCUCGCGUCGAGGAAGCGGGAACACACAGGCCCCGGUUAACACAGAAAUCUGCCUCCUGGGCCAUGCCGCUUCUAAGGCCUGUUUCUUCUCAUGAGCCCCAGCACAAGACAGAUGGGCCAGUUCUCACAGUGGAUAACUUCCCCUGCCUGAGCAAGAGAUGGGAUAGUAUCUGGGAUCUGUCCAUCACCAGACUCUGAGCUUAAUAAGGCAGCUGAAUGAAGGGAGGUAACGGACCCCUGAGAGGGGCACUGAAGUCUGCAGUGGGGGGGGAGGGGCCUGGACACACCCCUUCCCCCCCAGACUCCUCCCCGUCAGGGUCGGCUCAGCCAUGGACUUUGGACCUGGAUAAGAAGAGAGAAGCUGCACUUUGGUGGAUCUGAUUUGGGAGUCUCAGUUUUGAAAAUGGAGUGCUGAAUGGGGAUUUGAUGAUCUCCUGGAGAGCAACUGAGACAAGAGAAGAAAGGUGCAUGGCUGCCUCCUAAUCCCAUAGUCCAGAGGAGGCAUCCCUAGGACUGCGGGCAAGGGAGCCGGGCAAGCCCAGGGCAGCCUUGAACCGUCCCCUGGCCUGCCCUCCCCGGUGGGGGCCAGGAUGCUGAAGAAGCAGUCUGCAGGGCUUGUGCUGUGGGGCGCUAUCCUCUUUGUGGCCUGGAAUGCCCUGCUGCUCCUCUUCUUCUGGACGCGCCCAGCACCUGGCAGGCCACCCUCAGUCAGCGCUCUCGAUGACGACCCCGCCAGCCUCACCCGGGAAGUGAUUCGCCUGGCCCAAGACGCCGAGGUGGAGCUGGAGCGGCAGCGUGGGCUGCUGCAGCAGAUCGGGGAUGCCCUGUCGAGCCAGCGGGGGAGGGUGCCCACCGCGGCCCCUCCCGCCCAGCCGCGUGUGCCUGUGACCCCAGCGCCGGCGGUGAUUCCCAUCCUGGUCAUCGCCUGUGACCGCAGCACUGUUCGGCGCUGCCUGGACAAGCUGCUGCAUUAUCGGCCCUCGGCUGAGCUCUUCCCCAUCAUCGUUAGCCAGGACUGCGGGCACGAGGAGACGGCCCAGGCCAUCGCCUCCUACGGCAGCGCGGUCACGCACAUCCGGCAGCCCGACCUGAGCAGCAUCGCGGUGCCGCCGGACCACCGCAAGUUCCAGGGCUACUACAAGAUCGCGCGCCACUACCGCUGGGCGCUGGGCCAGGUCUUCCGGCAGUUUGGCUUCCCCGCGGCCGUGGUGGUGGAGGAUGACCUGGAGGUGGCCCCGGACUUCUUCGAGUACUUUCAGGCCACCUAUCCGCUGCUGAAGGCCGACCCCUCCCUGUGGUGCGUCUCGGCCUGGAAUGACAACGGCAAGGAGCAGAUGGUGGACGCCAGCAGGCCUGAGCUGCUCUACCGCACCGACUUUUUCCCUGGCCUGGGCUGGCUGCUGUUGGCCGAGCUCUGGGCCGAGCUGGAGCCCAAGUGGCCAAAGGCCUUCUGGGACGACUGGAUGCGGCGGCCGGAGCAGCGGCAGGGGCGGGCCUGCAUACGCCCUGAGAUCUCAAGAACGAUGACCUUUGGCCGCAAGGGGGUGAGCCACGGGCAGUUCUUUGACCAGCACCUCAAGUUUAUCAAGCUGAACCAGCAGUUUGUGCACUUCACCCAGCUGGACCUGUCUUACCUGCAGCGGGAGGCCUACGACCGAGAUUUCCUCGCCCGCGUCUACGGUGCUCCCCAGCUGCAGGUGGAGAAAGUGAGGACCAAUGACCGCAAGGAGCUGGGGGAGGUGCGGGUGCAGUAUACGGGCAGGGACAGCUUCAAGGCCUUCGCCAAGGCUCUGGGUGUCAUGGAUGACCUUAAGUCGGGGGUUCCGAGAGCUGGCUACCGGGGUAUUGUCACCUUCCAGUUCCGGGGCCGCCGUGUCCACCUGGCGCCCCCACCGACGUGGGAGGGCUAUGAUCCUAGCUGGAAUUAGCACCUGCCUGUCCUUCCUGGGCCCCUCCUUGCCACAUCAUGAGCUGAGGUGGGACCACAGUCCCCAGGCUGCGUCGGCCUGCCUGUGUUUCCCUCUUAGGUGCAUUUAUCUUUUUGAUUUUUCCAAGUGGCAUUUAAAUGCACAAAUGAUAACAAGAGGAUUAUUCUCCCGUUCUCAAGGGAGUCAGAUCAGGGGAACUAUUCUAGGGUAUGUUGCGGGGUAUUAAGCGGGAAACCACUGUGUGGUAGGGGGGCACUGGGCUUGUUGGGGCCAGAAAUGUCCACGUCCUGAGCUUUCUCCUGGAGCACGUGCAGAGAGUUUGGCAACGUUCGCUCUCUUGACCAGACCCCUUCUCCCUGACCUGGCUCUUCCAGCCAGGGCACAAGCCCUCCUUCUAUACCUGCUCUCCUUCCCCCAGUGGGGACUGAGUUAUGGGAGAAGGGGACAUAUUUGUGGCCAAAAUGAUACUAACCAAAGGGGCUUCCUUGUCAGGGCCUGGUGGAGUUGGUGGGUCAUCGGGGCUCACUGCCUCCUGCCCUUCUCUCCUGUCUGACCCCCACUUAGCCCUUCUCUCCUUGCAGCCUAGCAGUUUAUAGUUCUGAGAUGGAAAGUUGAAGGGGGCAAGCAAGACCUCUCCUCAGCCCAUGCCCAGCUGUCAGGAGAGAGGUGCAGGGAGGAAGGCCUUGUGCUGGGACAGCCUCUCUCUUGCCUUACCUCAGAGAGGGACUAUGCCCUGACCCCUCCUUUCUGAAAAUUACUGCCCUCCCUGUUGCUCUAGGAGGCUCCUGCUGGCUUGGUAGAAGACAGAAUUCAAUCUGCCUGUCCCUUUUUCCCCUGGGGUUUGACGCACAGGCUCCUCUCAGCAUGAGGUGGAGCAGUAGACCAGGUGGAGCAGUGACCAGGACGCCUCUGGCCCAGUGCUGCCCAGCCUCCCCGCCCGCUCCCAGGCGCCCCAUGUCCUCACAGGCCAGGACGCCAUGGCAGGAUGGAGAGGACUUGGUGGAUUUUUGUUUCUUGCCUGACCUCAGUUUCAUGAAAGAAAGUGGAAGCUACAGAAUUAUUUUCUAAAAUAAAGGCUGAAUUGUCUGAAAAA